AUGAUACGAUCGAUAAAUCUAAAAUGGAAAGUAUAUAUACUAUUGGUGCUCACUAACAUUGUUGGGUUCGUGCUAUUUCUCAGUGGGUUCUUUCCCUCAAAGAUUGUUCUACCAGGCUCAAACACGUUUCUUCAACCAAGUCUAGAUUACAAAACACCAUUCUUGACCCAAAAUGGUAAACCUCAAUUUAAAAAGCUAAUAUUGGUGGUGGUAGAUGCAAUGCGUGCUGAUUUUUGUUUCAGCGACGAAUCGAAUUUCAAGUUUCUACAUGAAUUGAUCAAUACGGGACAUGCUAUACCAUUUACGGCAUAUUCCAAUCCACCAACUGUGACACUACCUCGACUCAAAGGUAUUACUACUGGAGGCACCCCAAGCUUUCUCGAUGCCAUCUUGAACGUUGCUGAUGAUUACGAUGAUUCACAAGGAUUACAUGCACAGGAUUCUUGGGUUUACCAAUUCAAACAGCUCAACAAGAAUAUCAAUUUCUUUGGUGAUGAUACUUGGUUGAAAUUGUUUCCCAAUGAGUUUGGUGAAUUUGAAGGUACCAAUUCUUUCUUUGUUAGUGAUUUUACUGAGGUGGAUAACAAUGUCACUCGUCAUUUGGAUCAUCAACUUCUGCUGAGUUCAAAUUGGGAUGGAUUGAUACUACAUUAUCUCGGGUUAGAUCAUAUCGGACACAAGGGGGGACCACAUUCAACAUUCAUGAAACCCAAACAAGCAGAAAUGGAUCUAAUUUUGCAACGACUUUACAAUUACACGGAAAAAAAUCAAGAUACAUUGAUUGUAUUUAUGGGAGAUCAUGGCAUGAAUGAAGUGGGCAACCAUGGAGGAUCAUCUGCUGGAGAAACUUCAGCCGCGUUGGCAUUUAUCUCUCAUAAAUUCAAUACCCAUAAUGAUAAAGCUCCGUUACCGGUGUCAUCUGACUACACUUACUAUGACCAAAUUUUUCAGAUUGAUCUCGUCCCCACAUUGGCAAGUUUAUUCAGUUUCCCUAUUCCUAAGAAUUCUCUAGGUGUCAUAGCUAGAAAGAUCCUCGAGCUAUGGCCAGAGAGCCAAAGAGGCAAAAUCUUGCUUGAAAAUUGCUUUCAGAUAAUGAGUUUAUACAAGGCGAAAAAUGGACCAACUGGGAAUACUUGGAUGGCAUGGGAAAGUAUGCAAAAUGGUGAUCAUGCAGUAGACGAAUAUUACUCGUUCUUGGAAAAAGUGCAGCUGGAUAUGGCGUCAUCAGCAAUCAAUUAUAACUACAAGCACAUUUACAUUGGAGCAGGAAUGAUUUUACUCACAGCAUUGAUCACUACUGGCAUUUUCAAUCUUUACUUUCUCUCAUUUAGAGAAAUUACUACGUACCUUGUCAUUUCAUUUGAAGUGUUUACAUUGAUCUAUUCGAUACACUUUCAUGGCUCUUCUUUGAUCGAAGAGGAACAUCAAAUUUGGUACUUUGCCACAUCUUUGUCCUUACUUGCAUUUGGUGCGUUCUAUUUCAAAGUGUUUGGGACAAAGUCCAAAAUGCAUUGGUUCUUGACAAUACUCUUGUCAAGUCGAAUCUUGAAAGCUUGGAAUAAUAGUGGACAAAAAUGGUUUUCAGACGGUACAAUUGCAAAUUACUUAUUCAAAUACAAUCAAAAUCUUCUUUGGGUAUUAAUUACUCUCACUUAUUUUGCAACUGCUGUUAGUAUCUGCUUACAAGGGAAUUUGAAUUGGCUUUUGCGGGUGUUCAAAACCAAGCAAGCUCCCGCGUUAACAUUGGAAGGCACUAUGAUCAACCUUUGCGUGUUUGUGGCAGUUUCAGUAUCGUUUCUGUUUAAGCUAGUCCUGUAUUUUAUUGAUGGCCAUACCCCCCCUGGGAUUUUCAAAUUGCUUUUGGUGUGGAUCUUGGAAAGCCAAGAUGUCAAUACGGAGAACUUAAAUAUUGAGGAUAUCGAUUUAAAGUUACAACUUCAAGGCAUAAGUGUUCAAUUGGCUAGUUACAUGACAAUGGCAACUACUGGUGCUUUGGUGUUGGUAUUGAUUGGUCGUCGUAUACAAAAAAGGUACACUGGGACAAUCACUGAUAUCGCAAACAUUAUUACUUUGUUUUUGAUACAUCAGACUAGACAUGCAAACAUACCCAUAUUUUUGAUUUUGCUUGUAAUGAAAUUGGCACUUGCGAAGCUAGUUUACCAAACAUCAACGAAUGAGAAAAAGUUUGUCAUUGACAACCACAUCAUUUGCAUAACGUUUCUCACAUUGUGCUUGCAACAUUUGACAUUUUUCUCAAUGGGAAAUACAAAUUCAUUAGCUACUGUGGACUUGUCAAAUGCCUAUAAUGGUGUACAAACAUACGAUGUUGUAAUUGUCGGAUUACUCACCUUCGUUUCAAAUUUCGCUGGUUCCAUUUUUUGGUCCGUGACAUCGCUACAAUUAGUUUUUGAGCCUGGAAUGGCCAGUUUUAGAGGUGCUUCACCAACUGAUCUCACGAGUUAUCCGCGUUUAAAAUACCGAAUCUUGUUGACUAAAUCGUUGAUUAGUUUAUUAUUCUACACUGUUUCGGCUACAAACUUGGUGGCCUCGUGUAUUAAUUUACGAUUCCACUUGUUUGUGUGGACGGUGUUUUCUCCAAAAUUGUUAUUUUUUGCCAGUUGGUUAAUUUUGAUCAACAUCUUGAUUGAUUUGAUUGGUGCUGGUCUUAUAUUGACCAUAUAG